AUGGAUUUGAAUAAAAAGUAUACAUCAACAUUACAAGAAGAUUUAAGAAGAUUUUCUAGAUUUAAAGUCACAACGGAGAAACAAUUUGACGAAAUGAUCCAGAUCUUGCAAAUGAAUCAAAACUUGGCUAGAGGUUACAGCAAUGGCUUGAAAAAAAUUAACAUCAAGGAAGAAUGGAACAAAGUUGGUGCAAAACUCAAUAUCCUAGGACCGCCGGUUCGAACAGGCGAGGCUUGUAUGAAAGUCUGGGCCGAAUACAAAUUGAGGAAGAAGCUAGUUCAUAAUAAGGCAGAAUGUCGUGCUACAGGUGGAGGGCCAUUCAAGCAGUUCACUUUAAGCGACACGGAGGAAGCAGCAUCACGCUUGUUACAAUUAUAG